CUGGAGGCCCUGCCGAAGCCACGUGACUCGUCGGGGCCACAUGACCGGUGACUCCAGGAGGCGGAAGUGGCCGGAACGGGACCGGCGCCGGGUUCCCAGGAUGAAAUGGCCUCUGCAGGUGCAGCUGAAGAGAAGUCUCCGCUUACUGUGAAGGUGGUGUCAGCCAAGCCCCCGGCGCAUGGCCGCCAGCCUCGGAUCAGCUCCUUUGUGGAGGUGGCAGCAGACGGCCUGAGCAGCGAGACCAAGAAAACAGGGAGGCGGAUUGGGAGCUCGGAGGUCCUCUGGAACGAAAGCCUCACCCUGAACGUCACCGCCCAGAGCCACCUCGAGGUGAAGCUGUGGAGCUGCCACACCCUCCGGAAUGAGCUGCUGGGCUCCGCCUCCGUCAGCCUGUCCAGCCUCCAGCAGAGCAGGGGGAAAGGGAAGAACCAGCCGCUGACCCUGAGCCUGCAGAUGGAGCACAGAGGCGCCCUUGUCUCCGGAGGGGAGGUGACUGUCUUCCUGGAGGGGCCUGCUGUCGACCCGGGCAGCGUGCCCAACGGCAGCCUCGUGGCCGAAGGGUGCCAGCUGAGCGACAAGGAGAGCGGAGGCCUGGCUUCCUUGCCAGAGGGCAAGCAUCAGACCUCUGGUGCCAACUGCACUGGGAGCAGGUCCAGACAGGCCAGCCUGAUGCUGGAGGAGACGGCCUCGUUCUCAAGCACCUGCUUGCUGGGGGGCUCUUGGCUUCGCCUGCAUACAUCUUCGUGGGGGCUGAGCCAAGAAGGCCGCUGGCUUGUGCCACAGGUUCACGCAGAAUUUGGGGAGCAGAGAGGCAUGCAGCUGGAGAGAAGCUGGACAAGGAAACUUGAGGUCCAAUGGAAGCAGAGAACCCCACAGCUGAGACUGAUUACGCCACUGGGCAAGAGCCAGGCUGGCAUGGUGAAUGGCACAGUGAGCGGCGAGUCUGCGGGUCCCGUCCCCAGUGCUGAAGAGGAGGAGACCAGGAGCCCCGAUCCCCCCACUGCCUGUGACCCCGCAGGGGGGGCGGAGGAGCCGGCCUCUUGCUCGGAAGCACAGACUUCCCAGCCGGCAGCGCAGGCCCUGGAGAUGCUGCCCCCGGGGUGGGAGCAGCGGGAGCUGCCCAAUGGGAGGGUGUACUAUGUGGACCACAACACCAAGACCACAACUUGGGAGCGGCCCCUUCCCCCAGGCUGGGAGAAGCGUGUGGAUCCGCGUGGCAGGAACUACUACGUGGAUCACAACACUCGGACCACCACCUGGCAGCGCCCCACGGCCGAAUACGUGCGCAACUACGAGCAGUGGCAGAGCCAGCGCAGCCAGCUCCAGGGGGCCAUGCAGCACUUCAGCCAGAGGUUCCUCUACCAGUCUUCGGGCGCCCCAUCGGACAAUGACCCACUUGGCCCCCUUCCUCCGGGCUGGGAAAAGAGGCAGGACAACGGACGAGUUUACUAUGUGAACCACAACACUCGCACCACACAAUGGGAGGACCCCCGCACUCAGGGGAUGAUCCAGGAACCGGCCCUGCCACCCGGCUGGGAGAUGAAAUAUACGAGCGAAGGAGUGUGUUACUUUGUGGACCACAACACCCGCACCACCACUUUCAAAGACCCCCGUCCUGGAUUUGAGUCUGGGAGCAAACCAGGGGGCUCUCCUGGCGCCUACGACCGGAGCUUUCGUUGGAAAUACCACCAGUUCCGCUUCCUGUGUCAUUCGAAUGCUCUGCCCAGCCAUGUCAAGAUCAGUGUCUCACGGCAGACUCUCUUUGAAGAUUCCUUCCAGCAGAUCAUGAACAUGAAGCCGUACGAUCUUCGUCGCCGGCUGUACAUCAUCAUGCGUGGGGAAGAGGGCCUGGAUUACGGCGGCAUUGCCAGGGAGUGGUUCUUCCUCCUGUCCCACGAGGUGCUCAACCCCAUGUACUGCCUCUUUGAAUACGCCGGCAAGAACAACUACUGCCUUCAGAUCAACCCGGCCUCCUCCAUCAACCCCGACCACCUCACCUACUUCCGCUUCAUUGGCAGGUUCAUCGCCAUGGCCUUGUACCACGGCAAGUUCAUCGACACGGGCUUCACGCUUCCCUUCUACAAGCGGAUGCUGAACAAGCGCCCCACCCUGAAGGAUCUGGAGUCCAUUGACCCCGAGUUCUACAACUCCAUCAUGUGGAUCAAAGAGAACAACCUGGAGGAGUGCGGCUUGGAGCUCUACUUCAUCCAGGACAUGGAGAUCUUGGGCAAGGUGACCACCCACGAGCUGAAGGAGGGCGGGGAGAACAUCCGGGUCACCGAGGAGAACAAAGAGGAGUACAUCAUGUGAGUGUGUCUGGGGGGCUGCUGAGCGCAC